AACACCUCGUAGAGGUACAGAAACACUGUGCAAAGAACAGGAUAACAGCAUAAGGGAACAGAAUAAGGGGCAUUCACAAACUUAAUUUAAUAAAAUGUAAGGCUAAAGAGGCAUUUGAGAUUCAAUUCACAAGAAACAUGUUAGAAGACAUUUUUUGAUCACGUUCAGAUGAAGAAGUCUCAAUGAGGGGUAGUAACGUUUAAAUUCGUUCAAAAAAUCAUCAAAACAAGGGGCAACAUUUAUCCACUUACAACAAUGGAUGUGGCAUUUGGCAAGCAACAGAUAAAAAAGAAAUAAAUACAAACAAAUAAAAAAACAAUAUUCGCUACGUCUGAUUCUUUUCUUCCCAGAUCCUUAAAGGAAUAUAAAACAUGGGUAAUGCUGAUAUCGGGAAUGUUAGCUAUUUUAACAGACACCCAAUCUUUAAUAUCACCUUAAAAUUGAAAUGAAACGGGACACAUAAACAUAAAUGAUCUAAUGAUUCUUCAGGACAGUCGCAAAAGACACAACGGGAUAUCAGCCCCUGGGUAAAGUUGGUGACGGGAUUUAAAGUGCGUCUCUUUGACUUUGGAAGAGCCUGGCCAUUUCAGAACUUCCGAAUACGCCUUCAGACCCGCAUUGUGGGGACUUAGUGAAUGAUCACGUAACCGGAAGUGUGUGUAAUCUACUUCCGGGUUGUAGACUGUUUACAGGCGAAGCUAAUGCUAGCUAUAGCGGUAGAAGGUUGAACAGUUUCUACUGCUGUUUCCGCUCCGAUGGCGUCUCAGCUCCCCAUAACCGUGAAGUCUCCGCCGCCAGCUGCCAGCGUGGCCGCCUUCCGGCCUAAGAAACGUCCCGGUAGUCCGGCGGCUUCAGGUGGGCAGCAGGCCGCCGGGGGCAGCACCGGCAGCGGCAUCAAGAAGAGGAAAGGACCGCUGGUAGCGACACCAAGCACACAAAUACAGGCAACAGCAAAUGAAACGAUGGCUGAGGUGAAGGCAGUGGGAUCAGCUGACGGCGGUCCGGUCUCCUCAGAGUCCACAGCAAAGCCUCCACCUUUCAAAGACCACACAUUCAUGCACUCUGGGAUCGGAGGAGCAGCAGCGGGCAAGAAGAACAGGACCUGGAAGAACCUCAAACAGAUCCUGGCUUUGGAGCGGACGCUGCCCUGGAAGCUAAAUGAUGCCAACUAUUACAACAUCGACUCUCCUCCCUCCUUAAAGCCAGCAAAGAAGUACUCUGACAUCUCUGGGCUUCCUGCGAAUUACACUGAUCCACAGACGAAGCUUCGCUUCGCCUCCUCUGAAGAGUUCUCCUACAUCCGUCUCCUCCCCACUGACGUCGUUACAGGCUACCUGACGCUUCGGAAGGCAACAUGUGUCGUACCGUAACAGCUGAGCAGAACCUGAAACGGGUUCAGAUCGGUGCUGAACCAGCACCUGCUGCAGAUCAGUCGGACUGGGCUCUUCACAGCAGCAGCUCACUGCUGUCAGAUGUGUUUUCAGACAACAUCUAAAGAGAAAAGAAAGUAGUUUUCUUUUGAAGAGAACAGAACAUUUGUGUAUGAGAAAAGUUUUCAUAAGACUGGAUGGAAAGGUCGUGUCUUUAUUUCUUCAGUUGAACGGGGGUGGGGGGGGACCUGUUUUAAGGUCAGCAAGAGGAAACAUCUUUGCUUUUGCAGGUUUUUUGUAGCUUUUCCUGGACUUACUGUCGCCAUUAUAAUUGUUGCAGUGCUGCAUCUAAAACUUCACCUGCUGAGAUGCAAAAACACAGAAAAAAAUUCUGUUUUUGAUUUUGAUGAGCUGAAGUCAAAGAGCUGAAACAAAAUCACGAAAGACACGUUACUGUCAAAUAUUGUUCUCAAAUCUGGGAGCAAAAACAUUUCAUUUAUUUUUUUUGUUAAGUGAAUGUUUUGGGAAAACUUAUAUAAUGCAUUAAAAUAAGGUUUAGUUUCA